AUGAAAACAUUGCCAGAAAAUUAUGAAGCUGACGACAGCAGUGCGUCUGCGUCUGUGUCUGCGUCCGCGUCCGCGUCUGUUUGCAACAAUGGGGUUGGCAGGCCGAGAAAGCGACGAAAGCAAGAGACGACCAGAAGCUCAGAGCUUUCCGACUCUGGACUUUCACCUUUGGACAGCGGCAAAGAUGAAGCAGAGUCCCGGGAAGUAUACGGAGGUGACAGCAGAAACGAUUUGGCAACGGCUCACGGCGUGACAGCUUUUGAGCAGGUGCUACCACCAACAACGACUGAUGAACACGCAAUCAAGGAUUACGAACAAAUCAGAUGCUCCCAAUCAGCGAAUGACGACAAAGCGCCCGUUGGAGAUGGAAACUCGUUAUGGGUCAAGGGUAGAAGUUCCAUAUACGUGGAUGCCUUCAAUCUUGCCCUCGACACGGUGCUCGCGGAUGAAUCCGAGUUGUUCGACGAGAAAGAGAUGGAAGUUUUCAGGAGAUGGAGGUUAUUGAACUACGAGGCAAAGUACCUAUACGUCAGACUGUUUCUCAGGAAAACGGCUGCUUGGCAUCGAUGCAGCCGUUUAGGGUAUUACUCUGACAUUUCGGAUCCGGAACUGGCGAUCCGAACAUUGCAGUCUGCGCAGAGCUUGCCCCUGCAACGGCCGACACAUGCCAGUGAAUCGGCCCCAGAACUCGAUUUGGAAAGGUACUGCCUAGGCGAUACAUUUACUUUUGCUGAUGCGUCCGAGGACCACAUAGACAGUGUAGACGAAGCCGCAUCGCUCUUGUUGCUGGACGAACUGAAAGUUCUUGCAAAGGAGUUCAAGGUCCAAGGAAGGAACAAGGCCGAGCUGAUCAAAGGGCUGUGCCGGGCGAGUAAGCAGCAGGUCGGCUUGAUGGACCUAGGAUUAAGCCGGCAAAAUAGCCGCGAUUGCGAAACUCCGGCGUCUGGCGGGGACUCUUCCCAGCCGAACGAGAGGGCCCGGCUCACACGGCAAGGCUCGGCUCCUUCCCACGGGCGUUUGCUGAGCAGAAUCACGGCAGUGUUGGGGCACUGUGUCCGGCUGUCGCCGCCGACAUUCCAUCUCUUCGAACGCGUUCAUCUUGUGUUUUACCGCUCCACCGAAUGGACGGAAAAGUCGCUCACGACCAUUAUAUUGGCCAAGAUGGCGAGGAGGAACUUUCCCGAGUACGUGGUCUGCCGCACGUCGACAAUCUUUGCGUCGAGGCGACACCUGCUCGAGUUCGAGGCAGCCAUCCGCCUGGAAUGGGAAGUAGACUCGAUUGUCGAGUCGUCCGGGGUCCCAAGUGAAGAUGGCCUCGACAGGAUCAUGGACAUUUUCGACACGGUUCAUCCUCGCUGGCAGCAGCACGUGCGGGAGGAGCGCGAGAAGGAACGGACGGUCUAUGAGAUGGGUGAAGGCGCGUACUUGCGGCGAUUCAACCCGGGCCACUCGUACACGAGACUGAUUGUGAAGGCUCUGUGGGUUCUCGGAAGGCGCAAGCAGCAUGCUAGGGAGCAUGAGCUUCUGGAAGAGUUGCUCGAGCAGAAGCUUUUCCACCUCGCUCGGCGAGGGUCGUGGUAUCAGCGAAAAGCGCUGCUCGAGGAGCACUACAUGGCGAAUCACGACGCCGACAUCGGAGGGACCGGCGGCUCGGAACGGCGCAAGAAGAAGUGGAUGAGAAUAGCAGCUGCCACGUGUGAGGCAGGUCUUCAGGAUGCAGACUGCCAUCUGAUCCACCACUACGACCUGCAAAAGCGGCUGACCAGGCUGGAAAGGAAGCUGAGAAUCCCUCGACGGCUGCAACACGACUUUGGGCACGUGCGGCUGGCCAAGCCGCUGGAGAUGAGCGUGGAGGGGAUCCAGCUGAAGCGAGCGUUGACGCCCAAGGCAGGAGCCCGAGCCCGGGCCGUCUCGACAAGGACCGUCUGGCUAGACGAGCUGGGUGGCGGGGGCGAGUGCAGCGUGGAGGAGAUGUGCCUGAGUCACUUUCGACGGCGCGGGUGGAAGGGCUACCACGCGGAGGGCGGGGCGCUCCGGACCAUGUUCGCCUACCUCUUCUACGACAUCCUGUUUGUCUACAUCCCCAACGUGUUCCAGACGGCGUACCAGACGUGUCCGCUGGACCUGCACACGGACGCCUUUUUCCCGGCCCGGGCGUCGGAAAUCAACCAUCGGCUGGUGGAGAUUGCCAACGGGGGCGGCGAGCGGCUGGUCCGGCAGGUGUGGGAGAGGGAGCACGCGCGCAGGACCAGCGUCGUCGGGCUGAACUGGGACUUUGACGUGGACGACAUGGCGGAGCUGGUGCGCGGGUUCGAGGGCAGCGCCCUGGCGGCCGUGUGCAAGGUCAUGGCGCAGGAGUACAGGCACCGCGGGGGAGGGGUGCCGGAUCUCGUCCUGUGGCGGCGGGCAGAGGAGGAGGAGGAGGAGGAGGAGGAGCAGUCGUCGUCGUCGUCGUCGUCGUCGUCGUCGUCGUCGUCAGCAGAGGCCGCCCUCGCGCCGGGGCAGCCCAGCGGCGAGGUCAUGUUUGCAGAGGUCAAGAGCGCCAACGACGUGCUGAGCGACAGCCAACGGCUGUGGAUGCACGUGCUGACAGGCGCCGGCGUCAAGGUGGCCUUGGUCAACGCCGUUGCCCGGGAGGUGAGGGAGUGGGCUGGGAAUGCCUGCACUGCAUGA